AUGCCUAAAGCCAACGAAUAUCGUUGCUCCGUUGGCGGCGAAUGGAAGGGUCUUGAUGCCUUCUCCAAGAAUCAACAGAAGCGUGGAAAACUCGGUGACCGUAAGAACUCUGGCAUGAUCUGCAUGGAGCACAGUCAGCCAGUUCGCUCUGAGAUCACCUGCACCGUCUGUGUCAGGGUCAGACCCAUCGAGAACUACUCUAUCACCGAGCGCAAGUCCGACAACCCGCGUUGCGAACAAUGUGUGGCUUGGGACGUAUAUCAAGAGCAUGGUGUCGUUCCUAUCCAGCUGGCUACCGGACAUGUAUCUAUCGAGGAACCAGCACUCCGCGACUACUCUGCACCAACAGACACCGCCGACUUCUUCGAGCCUGAAGCUCUCCCCGGUGCCCCUAUCUCCGGUCCCGAGAGUCUUGGUCUGCCGCCUGGUGAGACCACCAAUAGGGCCUUCCUCCACGUCGUUGGCAAUAACAGCCCAGGCAUCGGCAACUCGGAGACCUCAGCUCAAGUAACCACAGCGUCAUACUCGGAGACAGCUAGCGUCGUGAACGAGACCAAGUCAACCACAUCAAGCCGUCUGCCUCCUCACCUUCGAGGCCGCGUCGCCGACACUUCAUCGGUCACAUCUAACAAGAAUGCUGAUCCCCUACCUGAGCUGCACACUCUUUUGAACAAGAGUCUGACAAUGGGUAAUGGCUCUGUUGCAAAGAGCACGACAAGCACCACGACUGUGGGAAUGACUCUCCCUCCCCAUCUUCAGGGCAAGAAGAAGCGAGCGGAAUGCAGCGAAGUGGGAGGGAGCACCACUGGCAGUAUUUCUACUGCCACCACCCUGCGAAAGGAUCAAGAAGAGAUCAUCGCCUCCCGCAAGAUUAACUACAAUGCAUGGGAUUCCCAGGGUGCUCACCACAGAGCCUCCAAGAACCCUACCGAGGCCUCCAGCACCGCCUCCGUCACUUCGUCUUCUAGCAAGACUGACCAGGAUCCCAACCUCAUUGGCGACUGGGACAACGUCCCUGACCUUCCCGUUGCCCAGAUGCCACAGACUCGUGGUAACAGCAAGUGGCCCAAGGCCAGCGAACUCCGAUUCUCCCAGGCCGAGCUCAGAUUGCAAGAGCGAACGUUGGUGCGCCCAAACUAG